AUGGAGGGGAGCGGCAAGGACAAGGACGGCACGGAUAAUGCUCCCAUUAGGCCGGUUUCCUCCCUUCUGUCACAUUUCGAGAACCUGUCCCAUCGCCGAUUACCUUCCGCCUUUACAGCUACUAGUCCGCAUGAUUCGACUCCCUUCCUGAGGACGCCCGAACCUGUCGACGAGGUGCGCUCCGCGCGCGCUUCUCUCGACCUUCCUCGGUCUCAAUCCCCAUGGAAUGCGACGGUAAAGCCUCAGAACGGCCACCGGUACGAUCGGGCAAAUGGCGGAUUCUCACGGCGAAGCGGCUCCCCGGAAAUAUCUCCAGGCAGAAGGCAGAGUAGACCCAUGUCGAUGAACUUCCACUCGUCGCCGCAACUGGCACCGACCUUGACCGUUGACUCGCCGCGAUCACCUCCGCGGGGAUUUGGAUCCCAAAACUACGGUGAGCAUACCGUCAACUCCAGGAUGUCCCGCAGUCCCCCGGACCACUCUCGGGGUUCAUUGCCGCCGCCGAGCAACCGACCGACAACCCCCAAUUCCUCGACGUCCCAGCAGCUGCCUGGUCAUUUGUCGCCAGCGCAUUCCCAUUCGGGGAGCUUCAUCGGUGAGAGUCCGCCUGAUCGAAAGCAAAAAAGCUCUUCGUUGCCUCCCCCCAUCGAUCGGGCAGAGAAGCCGAAGGUCCCUGCAAAGCCGGCAGCCUUAACUUCCCAUGAGGGCGCAACCCUGGCACCCAAAUCCGAGAAGACGGCGUCGGAGGAUCGGAUAUCUCCGUUCAGCACGCCACCAGGCAGUCCCGAAAAGUCGUCCGUAAAACCAUCAUCUUGCGGACGUCCGCAGAUGCCACGCUCUCCAUCUCGGCCGAUGACUGAACCCCCAAGUCGUCAAUCGUUCGAUGACAGGACCCCCGUGCCGUCUGUGCAUGCUAUUCGGGAUGCGCGCGAGCUUGGGUUUUCACGCAGGAGACCCAUCCCGGAACCGACGCGGGACAUGAAACCGUUGAUGGUACAGGUCCCUCCGCAUACGUUGAAGCGGACGGAGCCCUUGUCAGCUGCGCCGCUGUCAUCUCGCAGGCUUCAAGCGACCGAUACUCCAACCGAGCCUCCGAGCCUUCCGCCACGCCAUUCGUCCGUGGCGCGAAGGGGUGGCGCGUCUCCGUCUCGGCCGUCACUUCAUCUGGAUGGCCCUUCGCAUCCUGAAGCAUCGCCUAGACCGCAAUCAUUUCAACUGCCUCCAAGGGAGAUCCAGACACCCACGCAAAUCCACCGACAGCCGUCGUUCUCCAGGGAUGCUAAGCCAGGGCAGGCAUCUCCUGUUCCUGAGCGGCAGUUGGCCCGUGCGGACACAGAACUGGAUCCAGUGGACGAACCGGCAAUCUCGCGGACUGACUAUCCUGACGCAUCAACAACUAAUCGUCGACCGCCUCUUCUUAGAAACGGACCGAGCGAGAUCCAUACAAGAUAUGAUACUCGUUUGAUGGAUGUAUGCGGCAAGCAUGUGUGUACAACAGGUUAUUUAACGCGGGUAUGGGACCUCACCAACGGAGAACAAAUCAUGAGUCUCAGCCACGGGGAGACUGUGAAGAGUCUAUCGAUAGCAUUCAAGCCAGGUACCGGCCUGGACGAUGAGGGUCAGCGGCUAUGGCUGGGCAUGAGCACAGGAGAAAUCCAUGAAGUGGACAUCUCCACUCGAUCUAUUGUAGCAACACGAUCCUAUCCUUCGCGUCGUGAAGUGAUCAAAAUCCUCCGACAUAAAAAGGAGAUGUGGACCCUUGACGACGAGGGACGACUGCUCGUCUGGCCGCCUGACGAGUCUGGGACUCCAAAUCUUCAAUACAGCUACCAUAAUCCUUAUGACCGUGUCGCCCGGGGACAUACAUUCUCGUUGGUUGUCGGAGAUACUCUAUGGCUGGCCACCGGCAAGGAGGUCCACGUAUAUCAGCCAAACGCACGUGACGAUGUCUCAUUCAAGGUUCUGAAGAGACCACUGGGCUCGCAGCACACUGGUGAUGUCACGUCCGGUACCUAUACGACGAGAGAAGGGGGACGUGUGUACCUAGGCCAUGCGGAUGGCAAGGUUACCGUGUACUCUUCCACAGAUUACGCUUGUCUAGCAGUCGUCAAUGUAAGCGUUUACAAGAUCAACUGCUUAGGCGUGGUCGGUGAUUAUCUUUGGGCGGCGUAUAAGACCGGCAUGAUCUAUGUCUACGACACGAGGACGAACCCAUGGAUGGUUAAGAAGGAUUGGCGAGCGCAUGACGGUCCAGUAUCUGGCUUCCUACUGGAUUCCAGUAGCGUCUGGACCAUGAAUCGUCUGCAGGUGACCUCGUUAGGAGACGACAACUGCAUUCGUCUCUGGGAUGGAAUGCUGGAGGAUGAUUGGUUGGAAACCCGCAUGCAGAGCAGAGACGUAGAAUUCUGCAAGUUCCGUGAGAUUUCGGCAGUAAUUGUGACAUGGAAUGCUGGGGCGUCUACGCCAGGUACUAUCCGCUCUAGCAAUUUCAUUCAAGAGGCAAUCCAUCCCGAGAAUCCACCCGAGAUUUUGGUCUUCGGCUUCCAGGAGCUUGUGGAUCUAGAGAAUAAGAAAAUCACAGCCAAAAGCUUGCUGAUGGGAAGCAAGAGGAAAGAUGGCGGAGAGAAAGAACAUAUGAGCCGUCAGUACCGGGUAUGGAUGGAGCAUUUGACUCGCUGUAUCAACGACUGCAUGCCCCUCGAGGAGUCAUAUGUCCUUCUUCAUUCAGCGAAUCUCAUUGGUCUCUUUACCUGCGUCUUUGUCAAGCACAAGGAACGACAGAGGAUCAAGAACAUCGGCGCUGCAGAGGUGAAGCGGGGUAUGGGAGGAUUGCACGGAAACAAGGGUGCCCUGAUCCUUCGCUUCAUACUGGACGAUAGUUCGUUCUGUUUCGUGAAUUGCCAUUUAGCAGCCKGUCAGUCGCAAACGGCGCACCGCAACAAUGAUAUCGCCGCCAUUCUCGAGUCCGAAGUGCUUCCGGUAGAGAACAGCCUUACCACUCGGGCAAACCAUUUUGUCAGCGGCGGUGAUGGCACGAUGAUUAUGGACCAUGAGAUUUGCAUUCUCAACGGCGAUCUUAAUUACCGAAUCGACUCAAUCCCACGGAAUGUGAUCAUCGAGGAUAUUCGCAAUAACAACCUGGCAAAGUUGCUCGAGCGAGACCAACUGCUGGCAUCGAGGCGGAAGAACCCCGGCUUCCGACUCCGGUCAUUCACGGAGGCACCCAUCACGUUCGCGCCCACGUACAAAUACGAUGUCGGCACCGACGAAUACGACUCGAGUGACAAGAAACGGUCCCCUGCGUGGUGCGAUCGUGUACUCUACAGAGGGCUAGGUCGGAUCAAGCAGUUGGAUUACCGACGACACGAGGUCCGAGCUUCCGACCAUCGGCCUGUGAGCGCUUCGUUCAAGCUCCGCGUCAAGACUGUGCUACCGCAGGAACGUGCCGCGGUGUGGGAAUCAUGUCAGCAGGAAUUUCAAAAAGAGAAGCGCAGGCUGGCUUCUGAAGCUAGCAUUGAAUACCUGAUCAGCGUCCUGGGGACAGAUCCUCAGCAAGCACGAGCAUUGAUUUUAGGCACGGGCACUCAAUAA